AUGGUGUGUGUGAAUGUUAGCCCUCGUGUGGCACUUGUUGACGAAAAGGUCUCCAUCAUAGUCAGCGGUCUUCGUCCACAACAGCGAGUGACGGUAAAGUUAUGGGUGGAGGAAGGAAAGGCAGUGUUCAACUCAUGUGGCCAUUUUCAGGCAGACCAACAGGGACAGGUCAACGUUUCUCAACAUGCUUCUCUAGGUGGAACGUACAGAGGUGUUGACAGCAUGGGACUGUUCUGGAGUCUGAAGCCGGUUCCAGGAAUAUCUAAGAGGUCGCUUCUCAGAAAGACAGAUGUUACAACUCCUCUGGUCUUCAGACUGUCAGUCCUAGAUGACCACGUUCCCUUAGAUCACUUCCGGCCGUCAACACCAUUGAUACUAGCCACAAGCGUGUUAGAACGAUGGUACAAACACAGUAGUGUGAAAAGAGCUGUCGUUCAUGAAGGUUCCCUGAGAGGAACUGUUUUCUUUCCUAAGGGUGAAGGGACAUUUCCUGCAGUGCUCGACAUGUUUGGCGCAGCGGGAGGUGUGACAGAGUUCCGUGCUGCAUUACUGGCUUCCAGAGGCUUUGCUUGCUUUGCUCUUGCCUACUUAAGAUAUGAUGACCUGCCGACUUCACUAGCUGAUAUUGACUUUGAUUACUUUCUUGAUGCUGUAGACUGGCUGGCGUCUCAUCCCAGUGUCUUACCUGGAGGUAUUGGAGUGGUCGGUACUUCCAAGGGAGGUGAACUGGCCUUCCUGCUUGGCAUGUCAACUGAUCAGGUGAGCGGGAUUCUACCCUAA